AUGGCUUCCAGCACGACCAAUGGUACUUCUGGUCAUGCCUUGGACCUGACCGUCCUCGGCCUGAACAGCGGGACGUCGAUGGAUGGUAUCGACUGUGCCCUUUGUCAUUUCCGCCAAGAGACUCCCGAGUCCCCGAUGCACUUUGAGCUUUUGAAGUAUGGAGAAAUCCCGCUGGAACCAGUUAUCAAGAAACGGAUCAUGAACAUGAUCCUGCGCAACCACACAUCCCCAUCCGAAUUAUCCAAAGUGAAUGUCAUCCUCGGCGAGACAUUUGCAUCUGCAGUCCAUCAAUUCUGCAAGGAUCAAAAUGUCGAUAUUGAAUCCAUUGAUGUGCUAGGCUCCCAUGGUCAAACGAUCUGGCUUCUCUCUAUGCCCGAACCUGGAGAGACCCGUAGCGCAUUGACGAUGGCCGAAGGCUCAUUCCUAGCCUCACGCACCGGUAUCACCGCAGUGACCGAUUUCCGGGUGAGCGAUCAAGCUGCCGGACGACAGGGUGCACCGCUGAUUGCCUUUUUUGACGCCCUUGUGUUACACCACCCGACCAAGUUGCGUGCCUGUCAAAAUAUCGGCGGUAUCGCCAACGUAUGCUUUAUCCCGCCUGAUACCCACGGCGGCGUGGACGAAUGUUUCGACUUUGACACCGGCCCUGGCAAUGUUUUCAUUGAUGCGGUAGUGCGCCAUUAUACAGAUGGCGAGCGCGAGUACGACAAAGAUGGUGAGAUGGGUGCACGCGGCACCGUCGAUCAAGAGCUUGUGGACGAAUUCCUUCGUCACAAGUAUUUUGCACUUGAUCCGCCGAAGACGACGGGUCGUGAAGUUUUCCGAGAUACCCUUGCGCACGACCUCAUCGCCAAGGCUGAAGCAAAAGGACUUAGUCCUGACGAUGUUGUCGCGACGAUCACCCGCGUCACUGCGCAGGCUAUUGUGGACCACUACCGUCGGUAUGCUCCGAAAGACCUUGAAAUAGCAGAAAUCUUCAUGUGCGGCGGUGGUGCCUAUAAUCCCAACAUCACCGCGUACAUUCAAAAACACUAUCCAAACACUCGUAUCCUAAUGCUUGAUGAGGCCGGCAUUCCAGCGGGCGCGAAGGAGGCUAUCACUUUUGCCUGGCAAGGUAUGGAGGCUGUGGUGGGUCGUUCCAUUCCAGUCCCUACACGCGUUGAGACCCGUCAAGAGUACGUGCUUGGGAAAGUGUCUCCUGGGAAAAACUACCGGCAAGUUCUACGCCAAGGUAUGCAAUUUGGUGCUGGGCGUGACCACCUAGCGCCGGUGAAGGAACUGGUCAACUAUGUCGAUGGCAAAGUUUUCAACAACAAGUGGUAG